CGCAGCAUAAAAAGCAUAAUCGUCUCUUUCUCACUCUCUACCGCCCGUGCUCUCUCGCUCUCUCUCUCUCCGGCUACGUCUAUCGGUGCUCAUUCAGUUAAUUAAGCUCGGGCGGAGCGGAGUGCGUUGUUUUGGUUUUCCCUGCUGGUGCUGUGUGAUUUUCCCACGUCUUUAACGCUUCCAAUGUUACAGCGGCUACGCGGCACGGGCAGCCGCUUCCGGUGCACCGGUGGCCAGCAGCAGCGGGCUGGGGUGGCCGGUGUGAGCCGCGGGGCCAAACCGUUCGCUGAAAUGCCGGGCCCGCGCCGAAUUCCGUUGCUCGGCAUGCUGAACGACGUGAUGCAGCUCGGGAAACCAGCUGAGCUGCAUUUGAGGAUUUCAAAGUACCACGAGCAGUACGGCGACCUGGUGCGGUUGCAGAUUGGCACGCAGAACGCGGUGUUCGUGCGCGACCCGAGCCUGAUGCGCAAAACGUUCCAGCUGGAGGGUGCGUACCCGCGCCAUCCGCUGCCCGAGUCGUGGACGUACUUCAACAAGAAGCACGACUACCAGCGGGGCCUGUUUUUCAUGGACGGGAAGGAGUGGUUGCAGUCGCGCCAGAUCUUUAACAAACCGAUGCUGAAAGACUUCCACUGGAUGGAGGAACCGAUACGGGGAACGUGCGAGGCUACGGUUGGUCAUAUGCAGCAAACUUGCGAUAGUGUCGCUGCCUUCGAGGGGAUUGAGGCGUUCCUCUACCAGUGGUCCGUUGAAGUGGUGCUCAGCGUAAUGCUUGGCUCAGCCUUCACCGAAUGCCAACAGUCGGCCGAGUUCCGUCGGCUGGUGCAACAGUUUUCCGCCGUCGUGUACGACAUCUUCCGCUGCAGCUCGGAGCUGAUGAACAUUCCGCCCGCGAUCGCGGACCGGCUGAACGUACAACCCUGGCAGCAGUUUGAAAAGGUGGUACCGGAAACGAUCCGUCUCGCAACGGCUAUCAUCGAAUUCGGAAUAGCAAACGCACAGACGCGGGACGGCCUGCUCGAUCUGAUGAUGCAGAAGCUCGACAAGCCGCUGAUGAUGCGCAUCUUUAUCGAUUUCAUCAUUGCCGCCGGCGAUACGACCGCAUUUGCUACCGUUUGGGCACUGUACCUGCUGGCGAGCAAUGCGAACCUGCAGCAGUCCGUCCGGCAGGACGUGCUCGACUCGAACACGCUGGAGUGCGGCGCAGUGAAGGGUGUGGUGCGCGAAACGUUGCGCCUGUAUCCGAUUGCCCCGUUCAUUGGGCGGUUCGUGGAGCACGAGUCCGUCUUUGGGGAGUACGCACUGCCCAAAGAUACGCUCGUCCUUCUCUCGCUGUACAGUGCCGGUCGGGAUGAGCGGUUCUUUGCCGAGCCGGAAGCGUUCAACCCGUACCGCUGGCAACGGACCAACGCGGCGGAGUCGUCCACUGCCCGCACACCGUCCGCCUCGCUGCCGUUCGCAAUCGGUGCACGGUCCUGCAUCGGGCAGAAGAUUGCACAGCUACAGAUGCACUAUCUACUAUCGAUGAUUUUGACCAAAUUCGAACUAACGCUAGCCGAAGCGGACCAGCAGGAUGUGAUUAAACCGAUCCUGAAGAUGAUUACCGUACCGAAUGUACCUGUCAAGCUGUGCCUUAAACCGUGCAGCGCGCAACCGGAGCGGCAGACGGUGGCACAAGUGCAAGACUAGGGCGGUUUUGUUAGUGCAGGGUGCACAACACAACCGGUUCGAAAGCUAGUGUAAUCGGCUAAGGGCAGCUGGGCAAUACUGUUUGCGCUGGAAGCUUGUGAUAACAGCCGCAGCUUCCAGCUUGCUUCCGAAAACCGAAUACCUCCCAUCAACGCAUAUACCUCACGCUUAGCGCCAAGACGUAAAGAAGGGCGCACGCUUCAGUGUACACACGCGGUGUGUAGCUUUGUUGUUUUUUUUUUGCAUUUAAAGCGGUUCCAAUUGUUUUGUUUCUACCGAAUCCUACCAUACCAUAAGUAAGCAUUUGUUAGUUUAGAUUGUAUGCUUUUUUUAUUAUUAUUAUUACCAUACAAUAUAAGUUAAAGUCUUCCAAACUGCAAACGGGGCACACACACCGUACACCGU